AUGCAAGAUUCAGCUAAUUCCCUGACAAUGGAUGGAUAUUCCAGUAACGUGCCAGCAUUCCUAACUAAACUGUGGACACUGGUGGAAGAUCCUGAAACAAACCAUCUCAUCUGCUGGAGUACUAAUGGAACCAGCUUCCAUGUUUUUGAACAAGGACGGUUUGCCAAAGAGGUGCUGCCUAAAUAUUUCAAACACAACAAUAUGGCCAGUUUUGUCCGACAGCUGAACAUGUAUGGCUUCAGGAAAGUGGUAAAUAUUGAGCAGGGUGGCCUUGUGAAGCCUGAACGUGAUGACACGGAGUUCCAGCACCUUUAUUUCCUACAAGGUCAUGAACACCUCUUGGAACACAUCAAAAGGAAGGUCUCAGUUGUAAAAAGUGAGGAAACUAAGAUGCGCCAAGAGGAUCUCAGCAGAUUGUUGUAUGAGGUCCAGAUCCUGAGAAGUCAACAGGAGAACAUGGAAUGUCAAGUGCAGGAUAUGAAGCAACAGAAUGAAGUCCUGUGGCGGGAAGCUGUAUCCCUCAGGCAGAAUCAUUCACAGCAACAGAAAGUGAUCAACAAGCUGAUUCAGUUUCUGUUUGGCCAGCUCCAAUCAAACCCCAGCAGUGCGGGAAUAAAGAGAAAAUUACCUCUGAUACUAGAUGAUGGCAGCUCAGCUCCCCAGGUGUCCAAGUUUAGUCGGCACCUGUCUGUGGAUCUUCUUCAUGACUCCUAUUUCAUUCAGUCGCCAUCUACAGAACCUGUCUCUUGUUUAAACAGUCCCACUAUUGCUGGAGGGCCUAUUAUAUCUGAUGUUACUGAAACAUCACCACCUAAUAUAGCGACAAUGCAGUCUUCUGCAGAUGAUAACAGAGCAGAGACUUCUGACCCCCUGGAGGGCACUGAUUUGAGCUUGGAAGGCCUCCAACUAUUCCUGAGAAGCCAGCAGUACAAUCUGGAGCCUGCUGGCAUCCUGGAUGUAUUUAAUCCAAAUUUGUCUGUGAGUGAUUGGAAUAUGACUGACAUGGAGGCCAACUUGUCACCGUUUGUAUUUUUGCAUCAAGAUUCAGCAACUCACAGUGCAACUGGAGAAGAAUGCAAAUGA